GUGUAUGAAAUAAUUAAUUCCAUGCAUUCAAAUCAUUCCUAAUGAAUGUGUUGCAAAUGGGAGUAAUCUAACCCGCCUCGACACAGAUAUGUAUAAAUAAGUGAGUACAGGGGUAAUGGAACGUGAAUCUGACACGAAAAUAAACCUAGAUUAGCUGACCUGAAAGCGAGCCUGUCUGAAUUAAAUGCUUAUUAAAAACUAGCAGAUUUUUAUGCGGCGGGGUCUUGCCAAAUUGUGAUUACAAAUUUAAUAAGGAAUGUUGGAAACGUUAGUGCUAGAAAUUCUACAUUAAAUUAUCUUAAAGAAAAAAGAUGUAAAGAUACGACUAAUAAAAUGUGAAAUCUAUAUUUAGUUGGUGGUAUGCAUAAUAUUUGCUAUUUUUGUAUGAAUCAUACUGUUGUUUCAAAAGGCACGAGAAAUUUUCAAAAUCAUUCUAAAUAUAUCAUCAAAGUCACAAGAGUAGGCUGGAAUUUGAAAGAAAAUUUUACUAUAAAUAAAAUUGGAACAGCAUUCAGUGACCAGACUUACUUGUUGUAUACACGGUCUGCUAACAAAAGUCAAAAAUAUGGUCCUAGAAAUACACCAUGACCGAUACGGUCAUAAAUAUUACACCUAUCCUGAACAUAGUAAAAUGGAUUACGACUACGGCGUCAGAGGAUCUCAUAUGUUUUACGAGCCGAACCGAACCAGAUGGCAUUAUAACUGUUACUGGCCCCAAGAAGCUUUGAAUUUUGCUACUGUCGAAGAUAAACUAAGACGGAUGGCUCUGCGCAGUCGCUUAAGAGAUGCCACAUUCAUCAGAAACCGAACAUAUCAGUAGAUUUUAUGCCAUUUUUCAAAAAUUUGAAUUAGCUUGAUAAGACUUACCUAACUUUGUAUACAUAAAUAAAGUUUUAUUAGAAAUC